AUGCUUCGAACUACACUGAGGCAAUCGAGCAGCCAGCUCUUGAGAGGUGGCUGCUCUGCUAGAACUCUGUGCACAACCUCAAGAUCACCUCUCUCCAUCUCGAAUGCCACAUCGAAAUCCGCCCUCUCAUCGAAACGACGUUCUCUAGCUAUCAUUUCUCAGAAGAGACAUGAGUCGACUACUGCAAGUGCCCCAGAUUCAAAUGACAGUUUUUUGUCCGGAAACACCGCAAAUUACAUUGAUGAGAUGUAUAUGCAAUGGAAGGAGGAUCCAUCGAGCGUGCAUAUCUCCUGGCAGGUUUACUUCAGAAAUAUGGAGAGUGGUGAUAUGCCAAUGUCGCAAGCUUUCACCCCUCCCCCAACUUUGGUUCCCACACCUACCGGAGGCGUACCAAGUUUCUUGCCAGGCUUGGGUGGCGGAGAAGGUUCAGAAGUUACAAAUCACUUGAAGGUUCAGCUGUUGUGCCGUGCAUAUCAAGCUCGUGGACAUCACAAAGCAGAUAUCGACCCUCUCGGUAUUAGACGCGAGGCGGAGGAAUUUGGUUACAGCAAACCCAAGGAACUCCAACUCGAACAUUAUCAAUUCUCGGAGAAGGAUCUGGAUACCGAAUACUCCCUCGGCCCUGGUAUUCUGCCACAUUUCAAGAAAGCGGGUCGUGAGAAGAUGACCCUGCGCGAAAUUAUCGCGGCAUGCGAACGUAUCUACUGUGGCUCGUAUGGUGUCGAAUAUAUCCACAUUCCUGACAGAGAACAGUGUGAUUGGUUACGAGCUCGAAUUGAGGUUGACAAGCCUUUCAAAUACUCAAUUGAUGAGAAGCGCAGAAUCUUGGAUCGUUUGAUCUGGAGUUCAAGUUUCGAAAGUUUCUUGGCUACCAAAUACCCCAACGACAAGCGUUUCGGUUUGGAAGGUUGUGAGACCUUGGUUCCUGGUAUGAAAGCUUUGAUCGACAGAAGUGUCGAUUUUGGCGUCAAAGAUAUUGUUAUUGGAAUGCCUCAUCGUGGUCGCUUGAAUGUUCUCAGUAACGUUGUCAGGAAACCAAACGAGUCAAUCUUCAGUGAAUUCGGUGGUUCCGCUGCUGCUGAGGAUGAAGGUUCCGGUGAUGUUAAGUACCAUUUGGGAAUGAACUUUGAGCGCCCAACUCCUUCUGGCAAACGUGUACAACUUUCCUUGGUCGCCAAUCCCUCCCAUCUUGAAGCUGAAGACCCUGUCGUACUCGGCAAAACUCGAGCUAUUCAGCAUUACAACAAUGAUGAAAAGGACCACAAGACUGCUAUGGGUGUUCUCCUCCAUGGUGAUGCCGCUUUUGCUGCCCAAGGUAUUGUAUACGAAUGUUUAGGUUUCCACUCUUUGCCUGCAUACUCUACAGGUGGUACCAUCCACUUGGUUGUCAACAAUCAAAUUGGUUUCACCACCGAUCCUCGUUUCGCUCGAUCAACCGCUUACUGUACCGACAUCGCCAAGUCAAUUGAUGCUCCUGUCUUCCAUGUUAAUGCUGAUGAUGUUGAGGCAGUCAACUACGUUUGUCAAUUGGCUGCUGAUUGGCGUGCUGAGUUCCAACGCGAUGUUGUCAUUGAUCUCGUUUGUUACAGAAAGCAUGGUCACAACGAAACCGAUCAACCUUCGUUUACACAACCUUUGAUGUACAAGCGCAUUCAAAAGCACAAGUCCCAAAUUGACAUCUACAUUGACCAACUUCUCAAGGAUGGUAGCUUUACUAAGGAGGACAUUGAUGAGCACCGAAAGUGGGUUUGGGGAAUGUUGGAGGAGAGCUUCGCUAAGAGCAAGGAUUAUCAACCAACAUCAAAGGAGUGGACAACCUCUGCUUGGAACGGUUUCAAAUCGCCAAAGGAACUGGCUACCGAAGUCCUUCCACACAACCCUACCGGUGUACCAGCUCACACUUUGGAGCACAUUGCUACAACAAUCGGUUCAUACCCAGAGGACUUUAACGUCCACCGUAACCUCAAGCGUAUCUUGACUAACCGUAUCAAGACUGUCAGUGAAGGACAAAACAUCGACUGGUCAACUGCCGAAGCUCUCGCAUUCGGAACUCUCGUCGGUGAAGGCCACCACGUUCGUGUUUCUGGUCAAGAUGUUGAGCGUGGUACUUUCUCUCAAAGACACGCUGUCUUCCACGAUCAAGAGAACGAGAAAACCUACACACCUCUUCAACAUAUCAGCAAAGACCAAGGAAAGUUCGUCGUUUCUAACUCUUCAUUGAGUGAGUUCGGUUGUCUUGGUUUCGAAUAUGGUUACUCUCUCUCUUCACCAGAUGCUCUCGUCAUGUGGGAAGCUCAAUUCGGUGACUUCGCUAAUAACGCUCAAUGUAUCAUCGAUCAAUUUGUCGCUUCUGGUGAGGUCAAGUGGAUGCAAAGAUCCGGUCUCGUCAUGUCAUUGCCUCACGGUUAUGAUGGACAAGGACCUGAGCAUUCUUCUGGUCGUAUGGAGAGAUAUCUUCAACUCUGUAACGAAGACCCUCGUAUCUUCCCUUCGCCGGAGAAGCUUGAGCGUCAACACCAAGAUUGCAACAUGCAAAUUGCUUACAUGACAUCACCAUCUAACCUGUUCCACAUCUUGAGAAGACAGAUGAACAGACAAUUCCGAAAGCCUCUUAUCAUUUUCUUCUCCAAAUCUCUCCUCCGUCAUCCUAUUGCUCGUUCACCAAUUGAGGAAUUCACUGGUGACUCGCAAUUCCGCUGGAUUAUCCCUGAUGAUGAACAUGGCAAAUCUAUUAACGAGCCUGAGAACAUCGAGCGUGUUAUCCUUUGCACAGGACAAGUUUAUGCCGCCUUGAGCAAAUACCGCGCCGACAACAACAUCAAGGACACUGCCUUUACUCGUAUCGAACAACUCAACCCUUUCCCAUGGCAACAACUCAAGGAGAACCUUGACAUGUACCCCAAUGCCAAGACCAUUGUUUGGUGUCAAGAAGAACCUCUCAAUGCUGGUGCAUGGAGUUUCACUCAACCUAGAAUUGAAACUUUGUUGAACAACACUCAAUACCAUGAUAGAAAGCACGUCAUGUACGCGGGUAGAGAUCCAAGUGCCAGUGUGGCUACUGGUCUGAAGGCUAGUCAUACUAAGGAAGAAGCGAAGUUGUUGGAGACAGCUUUCUCCGUUACUCAAGACAAAUUGAAGGGGGAGUAG